AUGGACGGAAUCAAGAAAGAUAACCAGCGAACAACACAUCAUAUCGAGCAUGGUGGCUUCGAAGAGAUGAAUUCAACGACUGAUCCCAAAACCGAAAUCUCAACACAGCAAGACCUUUUCGACGUCGAAGAUACUGAUAUCAACUUCCGCUCUCUGUCAUGGCAAGGGGCGGCUAUUCUUAUUGCUAAACUCCAAAUUGGUCUGGGCGCGCUCAGCCUCCCUUCUACAUUCCACACACUGGGAUUCUUUCCCGGAAUACUCUGUUUUGUCGUUCUUUCAUGCAUGACAACAAUUGCUGGCUACGUCAGUGGGAAUGCUCGACAAUACUUUCCACAGAUUCACAGUAUCGGCGACGCAGCAGAGAUGAUACUCGGAACAGCGGCAAAAGAGGUGAUGGGUGUGAUAUACUAUCUCUACCUUACUUUGGUCGCCGGCGCCGGACUGCUUACUACGUCUGUGGCUCUGAACGCGUUAUCCGACAAUGGCGCAUGUACAACAGUAUUUGUCGCUGUCGCAUGCGCUGCUGCCUUUAUAUUUGGAACGUCAUUCCGGUCUCUGGAAAGGGUUUCUUGGCUGAGCUGGGUGGGCGUUGCUGGUAUAAUUAUUGCUAUUUGGGUCACAGCCAUUGCCUGCCUGGCCCAGGAUCAUCCAGCAGCAGCUCCAUUAAACAGCCAUGUCCCUCUUGAUCUGGAAAUUCGCGUAUUCCCUAGGACGAAUUUUUCACAGGCCAUGGGAGCUGUAUCCAGUCAGCUGUUUGCUGUUGGGGCGAGUGGCACCUUCUUCUCCGUUUCGGCCGAGAUGAAAAGACCCGAAUUAUUCACACGGGCUCUCAUUUGCGGCCAAUCAUUCAUUGUCGCUACUUGCAUUAUUAUUGCAUCUAUAGUCUAUGGAAAGGUUGGCCAGUAUCUUUCAAGUCCAGCCUUAGGGUCCGCCGGCCCCCUGAUCAAGAAGAUCGCCUAUGGAAUUGCCUUGCCGGGUCUGGUGGUAACAGCAAUCCUAUGGAGUCAUGUUGCUGCGAAAUAUUGGUUUGUUAGGAUCCUACGUGGGACGCCCCAUCUUCAAACAAAUACGAUAAAGCACUGGGUAACAUGGAUAGGAUCGAUGGCCGUGACAGCAGCCCUCGCUUUCAUCAUUGUGGGAAUAAUCCCGUUUUUUGAUGAUUUUUUAAGCUUGGUUGGUGCACUGGUAAACCCUGUUUUCACCGCCAUUUUUCCAGGUAUCAUGAUUCUGUUCUUCAUUGCUGAAAGACCAACGAGGAUUCAAGAAUGUGCUAGGAACGAUGGGAGUCACGAAUACCGAACUACACAAUGGUUGCCCCUCGCCUUAGCGAAGUGGAAAGAUGGAUCAAAGGAGACUAUAGCACUCCUUCUGGGAAUAUUGAUGAUUCUUGCGGGGGUUUUUAUUGUUGUUGGGGGGACAUAUGCAACCGUGCUCAACAUUAAGAACUCAUACAAUGAAGGGAAAGUAUCGGGGUUUUUUUCGUGUGCGGACAACUCUUAG